AUGGCUCUUUUUGUAGUUCUGUUGAAAAUUGAAAUUAUCCAACGUAGUAAGAAAUCCGAGCAUGAUCCCAACGUUGAUAUGCAACUCUGGUAUUUUAAUGGUGGAUUUAUUGUGAAUAAAAGACCUGGCUUCGUGCUUGAUGUUGUCGGAGCGAAAUGCCAAACUGGUACGAGAAUUGUUCAAUACCAUAAGCAUAAGCAUGAUGAACCUUCUCGCGGUCAAGAAUGGGAAUACAACUAUGAGGACAAUUCUUUCUAUUUGAAAUUUAAUCGAAAUUUUGUCCUUGAUGUCUCGGGGACUAACAUCAUCCACUUGUGGGAUAAGCAUGGUGGCAAGAAUCAACAAUUCAUUUUGCAAAAGUGGGAUGAUGAUUCGGCAGUUAUUGAAAAUGCAGAAAUGAACAUUAUUGAUAAUUUUAAAUUUUCGCCAAAAUUAUCACAAAAUUUCCUUGAAAUUUUGGAUGAUGACGAAUAUUAUGAUGUUAAUAUUGAAGUCGGUGAUAACCCCCAUGUAAAAACAUUUCACGCUCAAACGGUUAUUUUAAGUUACCGUUCUCAUUACCUACGAAGAAAGUUGUCGACUAAUAAAAAAAAUAAUGAUGGGACCUUGUCACGUAUUGAACUACCUAAUAUUUUACCGGAAAUUUUUGAAAUUAUUUUAAAGUACAUUUAUGGCAGAAGACUUUCUUUAAAAGAACAUGAUGCGUCAAAUAUAAUUAAAUUAUUAGUUGCCGCUAAUGAAUUAGGUCUUCAGGAGUUAGUUAUCCAUAUUCAAUCCUUUUUAAUGGAAAACAAUUCAAACUGGAUGGAACAAAAUUUUGAUCUGAUAUGUCGAACAAGUUUUGAAAAUGAUUCUUUUCUGGAUCUUCAGAAGUAUUGUAAUUGUGUAAUAUCUAAAAUAUCUAAUGAACCUGACAAGAUAUUCAAAUCGCAAAAUUUUACUUCAAUUCCGAAAAAUCGUUUAAUUUCGGUUAUUCAGGAUGAUAAUCUUCAAAUGGACGAAUAUCUAGUUUGGGAAUAUGUACUUAAAUGGGGAAUUGCUCAAAAUUCAGCAGAACUGCCUUCUAACAAAGGUGAAUCAAAAUCUCGUAUACCAAGAAAUAUUAACUCAAGUGGUAUUGAUUCAAAUAUUAUUACCUAUCAGCAUUCCGAAACAAUCUCAAAAUGGGUCAAUGGAUUAGAAUUAGAAAUUACUGAUAAAUUAAAGUUACCAUAUGAAUUCAAAUUAUUAUUCCUGAAAGGUAGUAACGAAAUUCUUGGAGGAUAUAAUCCGAUCACAUGGAAAUCUGCUUAUAGAUAUAGUAAUACUAAAGAUAGUUUUAUAUUUUCUUUUAAUAAUAACAGAAGUGAAAAUUAUAUAGUUGAUAAUCGCCAUACUAUAGAUAAUAGAUCUUAUUAUGGUCCAUCAUUUGGUAAUGGAGACCUUAUUUUAUGGGGAUUAGAUAUUAAUACACUUAGUACUAAUUAA